AUGUAUGUGAAAUGGUUUGAUACAGGAAUGUUAUACUAUGUGAUUUUAGUGUAUUGAGUGAAUGUCACUUUUUCACAUUUUUCAAUUUCCCCCCAUUCUGUCCCCCGUACGUCCUGACGUUCGCAGGGAACUGAACCCAAAAGACAGAUGCCGGAGUAGAUGUCCAUGGACACUGCAGGGGGGACAUCGCGGGAGUGCAGGACAAGGUAAGUGCUGGAGGGAUCCCGGAGCAACGCUGCAGGGUAUUCCCGAGUGUAGCUUGGGGUUACCGCUUGUGGUGCUGAAACUUUACCCCGAGCUACACUCGGGAAUACCGCCAGGGAGGUUA